AUGGCCAACUCAACCACCAACCUACCGUUCAACGUCGGUGUCAUCGGUUACGGGUUAUCCGCUACCAUCUUCCACAUCCCAUUCAUCACCAUCACCUCAACCCUAAAACUUCACUCCAUCCUACAGCGCAACCCCAGCCAGUCGGGAAAGUCGGCCCCGCGUGAUCAUCCCGACGUGAAGCAUUUCACCUCUCUGGACCAAUUCCUCGCCGACGCAGAUCUCGACGUGAUCGUCAUCACCACGCCCCCCGAGACGCACUUCUCAUUUGCCCAGCAGGCACUGCAAGCAGGAAAGCACGUCCUCGUAGAGAAGCCCUUCGUCCCGAGCGUUUCUCAGGCAGAUGCCUUGAUCAAACUCUCCAAAGAAAAGGGUCGAUUGAUCUGCGUGUACCAAAACCGCAGAUGGGAUAGUGACUUUCUAACAGUGCGGAAGCUAUUAGCCGACGGCACGCUAGGUCGGAUCGUUGAAUUUGAGACGCACUUUGACCGCUUCCGGCUGGAGAAGCCGUCUACCUGGAAGGGUACGCUGGGUAUGGAUCAAGGCGGCUCGGCGCUCUACGACCUAGGCACUCACCUGAUCGACCAGGUAUACGUACUAUUCGGGAUGCCACGGAGCGUUUUCGGCAUCUUAGCCAGCCAGCGGGACGGGGUCUUGCUAGGGCCGCAGAACCCGGAUCUAGACCCCGAUAGCGUUACCGCACAGCUAUUCUACGACGACGGCCUAGUCGUUUUCGUGCGUAUCGCCGGUGUGAGCGUCGAGACGCGGCAGCCGAGAUUCUGGAUCAGAGGUACCAAGGGUAGCUACCGCAAGGAUGGUCUCGACACCCAAGAGCCCCAGCUCCGGUCCGGCUUGAAGACGGAUGAUGCUAAUUUUGGGCGAGAGAGUCCGGAGUGGAAUGGAAAACUUACUCUUGUCGGCGAUGAUGGUAGUUUUCGCGUACAAGACUGUCCAAAUGUGGAGCCUGAAACCUACAGUAAGCUCUUUGAGCUCUUUGGCGAGGCCCUUGUUCGAAAUCGCGAAGAAGAUUUACCAGUUCCAGCAUCGCAAGCGAGAGAUGUCUUACGAAUCAUUGAGGCUACUAAAGAAAGUGCGAGAAGCCAGCGCCAGGUUCAACUUUCUUAG